AUGCUCGAACCGGAGUCGCAAAACGGACACGAGCCAGAACCGCGGCCAAAAGCGGAACCAGUGCCAACAGAACGAACAGAAGCACAAUUGGAACCGGUAUCGGGAUCGGCGCCCGAACCCGAACCAAAUCCGCAGCAAGAAUUGGAACCAGUGCCAACAGAACAAGCGCAAGCACAAUUGGAGCCGAAAUCAGAAUCAGAAGCUGAUCCCACGGUAAAAGACGCAGAUCUCAGGGAAACGACGGUCCGUUCCAAUGCGCACGCCAAUCCUUCUCCCAAUCCGCAACUCCGGAAAGACGAAGGAAAUCGAACGUUUACCAUGAGAGAGUUGCUGAAUGGUUUGAAAAACGAUUCGGAACCGGAUAAAGAAGAUGCCAACUCCCCUCACAGGUUACUGCCCUUUUGCCUUGAAUCAGGAAAACGAAAAACGACAAUGCCUCUGGUAAAUCAAAGUGAUAUAGAUUUAAGCCUAGAACAACAACAACAGCACGCAGAGCAGAACAGCGCUGCUAUGGAUUUGAUAAAUAGCGUUGUAGGUGUUGAUGAUGAAGGCCGGUCCCGACAGAGGAUACUUACAUUUGCUGCCAGGAGGUAUGCUACAGCAAUUGAGAGGAAUCCUGAAGAUUAUGAUGCAUUGUAUAAUUGGGCAUUAGUACUUCAGGAAAGUGCAGAUAAUGUUAGUCCAGAUUCCACUUCACCCUCUAAAGAUGCUUUGCUGGAGGAGGCUUGUAAGAAGUAUGAUGAGGCCACUCGCCUUUGUCCCACACUACAUGAUGCUUUCUACAAUUGGGCUAUAGCAAUUUCUGAUCGGGCAAAGAUGCGGGGCCGCACAAAGGAAGCUGAAGAGCUAUGGAAGCAGGCAACAAGGAACUACGAAAAGGCAGUUCAACUUAACUGGAACAGUCCUCAGGCGCUCAAUAAUUGGGGACUUGCUCUUCAGGAACUCAGUGCCAUUGUUCCAGCGCGAGAAAAGCAAAAGAUUGUGAGAACUGCAAUCAGCAAGUUUCGUGCAGCCAUACAGUUGCAAUUUGAUUUCCAUCGGGCAAUUUACAACCUUGGAACUGUUCUGUAUGGAUUAGCAGAGGACACUUUAAGAACUGGGGGAUCAGUAGGUGCUCAAGAAGUUUCACCAAAUGAAUUGUACAGCCAGUCUGCAAUAUAUAUAGCUGCUGCUCAUGCAUUGAAACCAAAUUAUUCAGUUUAUAGCAGUGCCUUGCGGUUGGUGCGCUCUAUGCUACCAUUACCACACCUUAAAGUUGGAUAUUUAACUGCUCCUCCUGUGGGGUCAAUGAUUGCACCUCAUAAUGACUGGAAACGGUCAGAAUUCCUUUUGGAUCAUGAAAAGCUUCAGCAGAUACCCAGAGGAGAUCAUAAACAAUUACCCCAAAGCCUCUCAGGCAGAUCAGUAGAUGCAGUGAAUGGGGACAAGAAGACUAUCAAAGUAGAUAUAGCAGAUAUUAUUUCUGUAUCAGCAUGUGCUGAUCUGACCUUACCACCUGGUGCAGGCCUCUGCAUAGAUACAAGUCAUGGAUCAUUUUACUUGGUUGCGGACUCUUGGGAAUCAUUGGAUGGCUGGUUGGAUGCACUUCGUCUAGUUUACACAAUUUAUGUGCGAGGAAAAAGUGAUGUACUUGCUGGUAUAAUAACAGGAUGA